AUGGAUCCAGGAAAUUUUACCCAGUUCACUGAGUUUAUUCUCACUGGUGUCUCAGCCACUCCACAGCUGCAGAUUCCCCUCUUCCUGGUCUUCCUGGUAAUCUAUUUGCUGACUGUGGCUGGCAACCUGGGCAUCAUCACCCUCACCAGUGUUGACUCUCGACUCCAAACCCCCAUGUACUUCUUCUUACGGCAUUUGGCUAUCAUCAAUCUUGGCAACUCUACUCUCAUUGCCCCUAAAAUGCUGAUCACUUUUGUAGUGAAGAAGAAUACUAUUUUAUACUAUGAAUGUGCCAUCCAACAGGGAGGGUUUGUGUUUUUCAUUGUUUCUGAGAUUAUCCUGCUCUCUGUGAUGGCCUAUGAUCGUUAUGUGGCCAUUUGUAACCCCCUGAUGUACAUGGUGGUGGUAUCCCCACGGGUGUGCCGUCUGCUGGUAGGCCUCACAUACUUCUAUGGGUUUUCUACAGGUACGGUGGUUUCCCCUUGUGUAUUCUCUCUGUCUUAUUGCUCUUCGAACAUAAUCAAUCACUUUUAUUGUGAUACUACACCUCUGUUAGCAUUGUCCUGUUCUGAUACAAAAGUUCCCGAGACGAUAGUCUUUGUAUCUGCAGCUGUUAAUGUGAUUUUUUCUCUGAUUGCUGUUCUAGUAUCUUAUUUCAACAUUGUUUUGUGCAUUCUAAAAAUGCAUUCAUCAGAAGGGAGGAAAAAAGCCUUUUCCACUUGUGCUUCACAUAUGAUGGCUGUCACAGUGUUCCAUGGGACACUUCUCUUCAUGUAUGUGCAGCCUCAAACUAAUCACUCAUUAGAUACUGACAAAAUGGCUUCCGUGUUUUAUACACUAGUGAUCCCAAUGAUGAACCCCAUGAUCUACAGCCUGAGGAAUAAGGAUGUGAAGGAUGCCUUUAAGAGACUUCUAUCAAAUACAUGCUGUUCCUUAAAACCAAUGUGA